AUGGAGGACAUGGUCAAGCGAUUUGGCCCCGUUGCCCUCCAGAAGUCUCAAUUUAAGCUGAAGGUGGCCACCCUUUGUUCCGGUACAGAGGCGCCCAUCUUUGCGCUAAAUAUGUUGCUUCAAUACUUCAAGGCCAUAAACCCCCAUGGCGUAUAUGAAGUAGAGCAUAUCUUUAGCUGCGAGAUCGAACCCUUCAAGCAAGGCUUUAUUUACCGCAAUAUCCCUCCCGGCAUUAUCCUCUUUCGAGAUGCUGGCGAGAUGGCCACCGCGGCGCCAAACGGGGAAGCUGUGGGUAACCCCCCCAAAUCGACAGAGGACUUCAUCAAAGACCUAGGAUCCCGGGUAUGGAAGGAGCUUCGGGGUCUUCAGUCAGGCGGAGAGUCUGCUAGGACUUUCUUCGCCGACUAUCAAGCUCAUCACAGUCAUUCGACCAAGGAUGGUCAUCCUGGAAAAUGUCCUAAGCGCGCCAUGGGAAAUAACGUGGACCGCACCGAGAUAUACGACCCAGACGUCAGGGGUCGUGUAAGGCACCACCUAGGCAUCAUCGGAUGCAUCACACCCAGCGGGAUGCCUGUAGUGACCCAUCUGAUGCGUCCUAUCACCGGGACAGAGACGCUCGCGCUACAAGGCCUCCCCAUCGGCGAGUUGGUUCUCUCGACCGAGACCGAGGCUGAGUUACGAGACCUUGCAGGAAAUGCCAUGACGGUUCCCGUGGUCGGUGCCGUCACCCUGACCCUUCUUGAAGUCGUCGCCACCCUGACAGUGCUACUUCAACAAACCCGUCCGGCGUCAUCGAAUCGCGAACUGCGCCUAGAGAUCCCUCGGGAUGAAAUCUUGGAACCCGGUGCGGUGAGAACUACCACCACACGCCUUGCGCCGCUCCUCGCCAAGGUGGAGGCGAUGGUGCGCCGGUGCUACUGCCAAACUCGGCCGGGCGACAUCUUUGUCUGCCGCGACUGCGGCGCCACGGCCUGCUCUGCUUGUCGCGGAAACCCAAGCCAUCGAUUCGGACCCAAGACGGCCACUAGUUUGGAGUUCACUCCCGAAGAGGGCAAGGUCCAACUCAACGAAAUGUUACCCAACGCUCUCAAGCUGCCUGUCCCAGCUUUCAUUGUCAACUACGCCCUGAGCUCCGUCAAAGAGCCGUUGUAUCGCUCAGUUGUUCAAGACAUUCUGGACGAAGAGGGGAAUCACGUCUACUACUUUGAUGCAAUCAAGGUUACCGAGGUGGUAACCGUGUGCUACAAAGCCAGUAACAGCACCGCCCAUCUUAUCCUCGCCCCCGAGGGUCCUUGCCAUUGGUACAUCUACAUCGCGCCCUGGCACCCCCGGCGCGCCGAUCUCUUCAGGGUGUCCGACCUUGACCAGCCCAUAGCACGAGGACAGCUUGCUAAAUCUGGCGAUAUCUGCCUCCCACAGUGGUCAGUUUGGGCUCAGGGCCGCAUCGACUUGAGGCUCAGUUUCAGCAACGCCGAAAACAACAACCUCGUUCCCAGCGACUUGUCCUUCGCGCCUCAAUAUGACGGGGUGCCCACCCCAUCGCUACAGGAAUGGAAGGCGUUGGUACAGGCAAAGGUGUACGGCACCUACAUCCAUCACCCCAACUGCGGGACGGCGGGAAAUCGUCUACACAUCAACCAAUCCUCGUCCCCUGACAAUGUCGUCUUCAUGAUGUGGGAUUCCGGGUUGCUUCGCGACCCCGAUGAGGACCAUUUCGUGUGGACGGAGACUACGAGAAGGAUGGAGCCCCAUGAAUAUCAGGAGAUCCUGCUCCAUGCCCAGCCUACACUUACCUGGGGGCUUGAUUACGGCAUCGACAAGUCAAUGAGUGUGUUCUGGCCUGGAUAUUGGUCGCGCCCGUCCGGCUGUAUUGAUAACUUGGAUUUCACCAGCUCAAGUCCCUCGCAAGACCUUGGCCACAUCCAUUGGGGCUUUGCCCAAGCCAUCCAGCAGGCGUCUUGCCAUACCGACGGGCAAGCUCCCAUCAUCCAUAUGCCCGCCCUUGCGGCAAUUACCGCGGCCUUCAACGAGUUUCCAGGAACAGAAACGCACCUAUUCAAGAUUGAUUCGCAUCAGACCGACAACGAGUUCACCAUUAUCCCCGCCACAAGGCGCGAGCCCUUCUUGAGAACGUUCGCUUUCCUCUCCAACCUGCUCUGCCGGUCCACGGCACCGGAGACCCUCUCCUUGUUCCCGCAUCUCGAAAGGAAAUGGGUUAUGAUUGCCCCUUGCCCGGACUGUUCCAUGACUCCGCCGGAGAUAACAGUCCACACAGAACAGGAGCAGAAGAAUAAGCAAUCCAAGACCAUCAUCGAAGACCCAGACGAAGCCGCCCUGUUCGAGAGAAAAUACCAGGACCUCCCCAGGGCAGUGGCAGUUGCUGCACGAUUCCUUCAAGGCGGGGGAGGAGAGGUCACCAUGAAUAUGAGGCUCCUAUUCCAGCCAAAGACCCUCGCGUCGAGAGCCCUCGCAUACCUUUUCCAGGCUCAUCGCAGCAUAGCACGCGGUCGGAACGCCGUCAACUCGGAUGCGGUGACAUCAUUCACGGUGGAGCUCGACUAUGCGUCUGCCUCAAUGACCGGCUUUGCGCCCUUCACCACCUUCGUCCGGCCCUGCAGCGAAGACAACACAGAUGGCAUCGACACCACGAGCGAAUACGAACUACCCAACGGCGGCCCCCCGCUUAUGACGAAACAAGGCCACCAUCUCAGGCCGAGCCAGAAAGAAGCUGUCGACUGGAUGUUGAGACGCGAGCGAGCCCCCCUUGAUUUUGUUAAGUCCGAAGUCGAGGAAGAGAUCGUUUCACCGCUCAACCUGCGCGUGCUAGGCAAGGCCGAAUGGGCCAGCCGCUUCCCCUUCAGUUCCCGUGGUGGUGUUAUCGCUCAUGAGAUUGGCUAUGGGAAGACCGUGGUCACUCUUGCUCUCAUCGACCACAUGCGAGAUUUCGACAAGAAGCAGUCCAUCGAUGAGCGCAGGGAGAAAGUCGACGCCGCAUGGGCAGAGGAUCUAUCCGGUGUCUUCGAGUUGCGACCCCUGGAUUACCCAACCGCGUCCUUCUUCUGCCACCUGCCGGCAACUCUUGUGGUUGUCCCUAAGCACAUCACAAGCCAGUGGAUGAACGAGGCCAAGAAGUUCCUCGGUUUGGACGAGCCCAAACUCCUCCUGAUCGAUAAUCAAAGGGCCUUCUACGGGCGGUACUCACGAGAGCGGCUUGAACAGGCGGAAAUCAUCAUCAUGAGCAGCGCGGUGUUCACGUCUAAAGCAUUUCUGUCGGACCUACAGGGGGUCGCCGGAAGAAGCGGGGAUGGCCUCUCCGGGCGGACUCUGGAAGCCUGGUACCGCGGGGCGCUGAGGAACCACAGAAUCCUCACCGCCCACUACCUCGCUGGCCGGGCCGCCGGGAGCUCCCACGACGAGCUCACGGAGAGGACCAACGACGAGAUCUUGCCCGCAUUGAUCAAGGAGCAGGAGGCCGACAUCGCCGCCGUGGUCAAGAAGCAAGUGUCGGAGAUCAACCGCCGGUGGUACAAGAAGGGCGGGAAGGGGACCGGGGGAGCCGCGGGUUUCGCCGAUGCCGGCGAGAGCGAGGACGACGCCGGCCAAAAGAAAAAGCAGCGCGGGGCCAGCAAGGGCAAGGAGGGCCGGGACGCAGCGAAGAGGUCAUGGGAUAUAUCCUGGCUUCAUAACUUCAGCUUCGCCCGUAUCGUCUGGGACGAAUGCUCUUGUUACGAAGCCGGGCCCAUUGGCCUCUUCGUUGCCAACGCCGUGGCCAACGCCAAGUGGCCAAUUUCUGCGACCCCCAAGCUCUUCGGGCUCGAGGAGGUCUGCCAGAUGGCCGCGGCUCGGCCGCGCCUCGCCCACCACCGCCACGACCGCGCGGCGCUGUUCCUGGGUUCCCACUUGCGCGGCAACCCCAUGGACCCCGAGAUCAACAUCCGCUUCAGGGAGCACGUCCUGCCCGUGGAGAUGACGACGUCGGACUCGGUCCGAUAUCACGUGGUCAACCAGGAGGUCCUCGACGCCGGUUCCGACUACCCCGCCCUCCCCGUACACGCUCGCGACGUGGUGGCCCUGAGAGGGUCAGACUUGGUCGGCAUGGAUGGAUCGGCCGCGGCUAAGAUGCUCCUGGGCGUGCUCGCCUGUGGCCUCGGUCAGCGCGAGGCCCUGACCCGACCCAACGACUUUGCGGACCGCAGCGAGAAACUCAGCGAGCAGAUGAAGCAGCUCUGGGACAAGAUGAUGUGGCUCUGGCGCUGGAUCCUCCCUCUCUACACCAGGCAGAUCAUUCAGUCCAAGGAGACACCCGUCGAUAGUACUCUGAACCGAGUAGAAGCCAUAUGCGGCGCCAUGAGCAAGGCGCUAGAUACGGGGGACUUCGGGGACUUUGGCGGUAUCGAGAUGUACCAGCUGGAGGCUGCUGUCAUCGCAGGGCUACCGAUCACAGAGCCAGAGACCACCACCGCGGCCGACGCCCAGCCAAACAUCAACUCUACCCGUGCGCUAGUCGACAAGCACUUCUUUGGAGACUGGCUCAAAAAGUACGACGUCGAGAAAGCGUUACACACCUGGGUUGAUUUCUUCGAGCUGGAGGAACGGGACGUGAAAGGGUUAAGCGAGCGGCAACUCCUCCUGCUCGCUAAAGACAUUUGCUGGCUUAAGUACAAAGUCAUGCCGGAUGCACCCCCUUUCACUGGCGAAGCUCGAGACGUGCCGCUGCUCGAGAAAACAUUCGCCGCGGAGUCCCACCGCCGAACCAUCCCGGGGGACAUUGCGGCUCUGGCAGAGAGCGACAUGGCCGCCCUCGCCGGCCUGGGCAAGGGUGAACUCCAAGAGUUCAUCCGAGUAUGCAUCCGCGCCAAGCCGAAGCCUCCCAGGUGGGAGGAGGCCAAGCGAACCUUCCAGCUCCCCGACCACGGGUCCAAGGCAGUGAGGCUCUCUCUCCAAGAGAUCCUCACUAGCCACAACGUCAAGUACACGUCGGCGCACACGGUCGACAAUCUCAAGGAGAAGCUCUGGCGGCACCAGAACGGGCUCGGGAUCCCCGAUCUCUACCGCGACGGCCGGGCGCCGCCCGACAAGUUCCGGCCGUUCUCCGAGGCGACGGCGUGCGGCGCGACGAAGGAGGCCCAGGUGGCGGCGGCCAACGAGGAGCUGAAGCGGACCAUGGUGCAUCUCGCCAAGACGGUCGAAGACCUGAGGGCGACGAGGCUCGAGGCCAGAUUCCUCCCCGAGUAUACCUCGCUGGCCAAUGCUCAGGAUGCCGAUGCCGUUGUGCGGGCCAAGCUCUGUGGUGGUUGCUCGGUGCCUCUUACGUCGGCGUCGACGUCAUUCCUGGUGGUUGGGUGUGGUCAUUUUCUGUGCAGCGGAUGCAAAUCCGCUGCAAAGUCUUACUGUCCGGUGCUGGACUGCUGGGCUUUCAUCUAUAAGCGCCCAGUUCUCCGAUGUUCCGAGGUCCCGCCACCCCCACAGGGCGAGCCCCUCGCGAAAGCCGACCGCGUCGCCGAGCUCAUCGCCAAUCAAAUCCCCGCCGAGGAUUUCGUCGUCGUCUUCGCACAGUACCGCCUAGUGAUCGACGCGCUUGCGGCGGCUUUCACGGCCGCCGGCAUCCAAUUCCUCAACCUCGCGGCGGUGGGGGACGACGACAUCUCGGCCAUGCUUGAGAAAUUCAAGCUUGGCAAGGCCGGUCGGGUCCUGCUCCUCGACAUGGACAGCGAGACGAGUGCUGGGAGCAAUCUGACCAUCGCCAACCACGUCGUCUUCACCAACCCCUACGUGCACCACGACCAGGAGCACCAGGCGAGGACGGUCCGGCAGGCCAGGGGCCGGUGCAUCCGCACCCCGCAGGACAAGGAGGUACAGGUGUACCACUUCAUGACCAGCGGCACGAUCGAGGAGGAGAUGCUGCGCAAGUACGGCAAGGAGAGCCCGGCGGUGGGGGCGUUCUUUGCGGACUUCGCCCGCCCAUGGUGGUUAGGCGACGAGGAAGAGUGA